CAGAGAAAUCUCACCAACGACGACCGAAAACCCUGUAGAGUCCUCUUUUUUUUCUCAUUAGGGAUUUCCACGUCUAGUUUCUCCUUUGGCCCCUCGAUUUCGUUUUUGUCCUUAGCCGACCUUAUUCCUUCGUUUUCAUCUCGGAUUUGCACCACCAUGUGCGACGGCAGCUGUAGGGCUUAAGCGUCUGGGGAAGUUAAUCUCUGUUUCCUAAUUUUCGACCAGGUCAGUAUCUCUACCUUUCUGAGAAGGUUUUAGGGCUUUAUUUUUUUCUCUGCUCUAUGUCGAUCUCAAAAGAACUUUACCCAUCUCAAGAGGACCUCCCCUACGAGGAGAUCUUACGCAACCCUUUUAGUCUGAAGUUGUGGUGGCGUUAUCUGAUUGCUAAGUCAGAAGCUCCUUUCAGUAACCGUUUCAUAAUCUAUGAAGCGCACUUAAAGCUCUUCCUGGUAGCUACAAGCUAUGGCAUGCGUAUCUGCGAGAACGCCUUGAAAUUGUUAGAAAUCUACCCGUUACUCAUCCCAAGUAUGACACCCUUAACAAUACGUUUGAAAGAGCUCUUGUUACAAUGCACAAGAUGCCCAGGAUAUGGAUAAUGUACUUAUAGACCCUGACAGAACAGAAGUUGAUUACUAGAACGCGUAGGACUUUUGACAGGGCUCUCUGUGCGUUGCCAGUGACUCAGCAUGACAGGAUUUGGGAUCCUUAGUUGGUAUUUGUGAGCCAGAAAGGUAUCCCUAUUGAGACCUCACUGAGGGUUUAUAGGAGGUACUUGAAGUAUGAUCCUUCUCGCAUUGAAGAUUUCAUUGAGUUUUUGCUGAAUUCAAGUCUGUGGCAAGAGGCCGCAGAGAGGUUAGCUUCUGUUUUGAAUGAUGAGACCUUUUAUUCAAUAAAAGGUAAGACGAAACACAGACUGUGGUUGGAGUUGUGUGACCUGCUUACAACGCAUGCGACGGAGGUUUCGGGGCUUAAUGUGGAUGCAAUAAUUAGAGGUGGGAUACGAAAGUUUACAGAUGAGGUAGGAAGGCUAUGGACUUCGCUUGCUGAUUAUUACAUUAGGAGAAGUUUGUUUGAGAAGGCUAGAGAUAUUUUUGAGGAGGGUAUGACAACAGUAGUAACUGUGAGGGACUUUAGUGUAAUAUUUGAUGCUUAUUCACAAUUUGAAGAGAGUGUGAUUGCUCACAAGAUGGAGAGCUUGGAUUUAAGUGAUGAGGAAGAAGAAGACAUACAAGAAGACACGAUUGAGGAGGAUGAAGAUAUUCGUU